AGUCAUCUGCAGAGGUCACAAGCAGCAGCUGCCUCUCUGCUACGAGAUGUUUGCAUACGAGGUCAUGAGGACUCUGCGUUGUUGACGCGAUGAAUUCGUUGCCGCUGCAACAUUUCUUCGUCUUUGGCUCUGAAAGUUGCUGCUCACUUCCAUACUCUUCACUCUAUAACAAGCUCCGCAACGCAGUCGAUGAUAGAUAGCUUCCAAGAUGUCAACAUUACUCCCCUAUACCGACGCCACGUUUCCAGAUAGACGGUCAGCUCCAAUGCCAUAUGCUGCACGCCCUGAUCCAUUUGUAUACAUAGAUCGCCAGGCAAAACAUCUCCAACAUCACAUCCAAAGCCUAUUAGAUGCUCAGAGUGAAGGGCUGCUGGCUGGGCUCUCUGGCCGCCCAACCAACGACGACGAUGUACUUUCGAAUGGCAGUUCGACGCCCACGCCUACAAUAUCCGCUAUAGCCAGCCCCGGAAGACCAGCACGUACGAUCCCCGUUCGACAGCCGCCGAAGAAGAAGAUUGGCCUGCGUGCCGCGCGGAAGGGAAUUCUACGAUCGAUGAACGAACUGCUCACUCUGCGAGAAGAAGAGAAAAGAGUCAUUCAAAGUCGAAUUCGCGAACGACGCGAUGCUAUUAUAGAAGUGGAUACAUUUGCGACUAAAAAGGGUAGCCUUGAGAAAACCAUCUCAGCUAUGCAAAAUGAUCGCGAUAACAUGAGAACCCGAGAGGCGAAACGAGAAGCAAAGAGUCUCGAGCACGAGAUUGAGGAGCUCGAACUGAAACUUGCUGAGAUGAAGACACGCCAUCGGCAUCUCAUGCAGGAAAUUUCUCAAGCCGAAAACUCGGUAGCAGCAAAGUUGUCGUCAUACAAUGAAUCUUUAUCGAUUCUCGACGCCGAAGUAUGCAGAUACCUGCGAAACCCGCCACUUCAGCCUUUGAAACCCGAUACCGACAAAUCGUCAUUCUAUUCAUUACAUCCCAAACGUCGGACCCUUGAAAUGGCCCGUGAACAUUGGCAGGCUGAACAAGUAGAGUUGAGAAAGAGGCAGCACAGUGUCGACUUAGAAAUUUCUGCCUUGGACGAAGGUGGCCCGGUUUGGCUGGGUGUUCUCAACGAUAUUUCAAGUUUUGAAAAGAGACUAAAGGAAAAGAUGCAACAGUCCAUCAUGUUAUCCAAAUCGUCCCUGAAUGCAGAGCAAGAUACCGGGGACCAUGAACGGGGCAAGAGAAUUCUCGCGGAUAUGGAGGAAAUAACCCAGCGGCUCACCGAGCAUUUCGCAUUGGCAGAGGAAAAAGAUUGGAAAUUACUCGUCUGUAGUAUUGGUACGGAGCUUGAAGCUCUCAAGGAAGCGCAAGGCAUGGUCACGAGUCUCUUCAAGUUGCCCGAGGAACCUGAUACAGUAAGCGACACCAAUACGCAAGUCACCAACACAGAUACGAAUAUACACACGAGCACGAAUACCAAUACAGAUAAACUUAUCAACGAGAAUGAUGCUAGCGACGACGACGAGCACACAGACGAGCCGCCGGCGGACUUGUUAAGGGAUACAACGCCGAACCUGCGACCUGCUAUUUCUCGAUCGGAGGACGAGGAUGAUGAACCGGAUCCUGCAUGGCUACUAUCUGACCUCUAAUGUUGUCUCACGGCCACGAUAGCUCGUAUAUUAGAUCUAUAAUACUAUAUAUACCCAUUUGUUUCUCAAGAAAUAUGUUCUGAAGAGUUGCGUAAAUACCAGCCCUC